AUGACUCCGCAGGAGGUCCUGUUCACCUCCCCGUCGCAAAGCCCGAAGAAGGCCUUGAGCAAUGUCUACUUCAACAACGGCAAUGCGAACAACAACAAUGGGAAGCCUAUAAACUCUGACAAGAAUAAUUCUCGCUUCUAUGAAGUUGAGCUUGGAGACACCACGUUUACGGUUCUUGAGCGAUAUCAGGAUUUACGACCUAUCGGCGCCGGCGCCCAAGGGAUCGUCUGCAAAGCAUUCGAUGUCGAAGCAUCGAGGAAAGUCGCGAUAAAGAAACUCUCCGGACCGUUCCGAAACCGAACUCUUGCAAAACGAGCUUACCGCGAAAUCAAGCUCAUGCGACUGGUGUCACACGAGAACGUUAUCGGUCUUUUGAACGCGUUCACACCACAGAACAACGUCGCGGAUUUCGAUGAUGUGUAUCUCGUCAUGGAACUCCGAGAAGCCGACUUGAGUCAAGUUAUCAAGAUUGACCUUGAUCAUGACAGGAUGUCCUUUCUGAUCUACCAGAUGCUCUGCGGCGUGAAGCAUCUGCACUCUGCGGGCAUCAUCCACCGUGAUCUGAAGCCGUCGAACAUGGUAGUGAGCCGGGAGUGCAAACUCAAAAUCCUUGACUUCGGUCUCGCGAGGACGACGGGAAAGGGGAGCUUCCUCAUGACUCCCUACGUCGUCACUCGUUAUUACCGAGCUCCCGAAAUCAUCCUGGGAAUGGGUUACAAGGAGAAUGUUGACAUCUGGUCCGUUGGCUGUAUCAUGGGCGAGAUGAUCCGAGGUGCCGUAUUAUUCCCGGGUCGGGAUCACAUCGAUCAAUGGGACAUCAUAAUGGCUUCGCUGGGGACGCCUUCAGAAGACUUCCGAGCUCGGUUAGAAGACAAUGUUCGGAUGUACGUGGAGGCGAAGGAGUUCCAGAAAGGCUACAGCAUGGACGAGCUGUUCCCCGACGGAUUCUUCUUGGAUCAGUCGCCAGAGGGUCGUCAGAGAUCCAGCCAUGCUCGGGAUCUUCUCUCGAAGAUGCUCGUGAUCGAUCCCGAGCAACGAAUCAGCAUCGAUGAAGCUCUACUUCACCCCUACAUCAACAUAUGGUACGAAGAAGAAGAGGUCAACGGCCCCGCACCCAAACGCUACGAUCACAGCAUCGACGAGCAGGAACUCUCGAUAGACGAAUGGAAGCAGCUCAUCUUCAAGGAGGUCAUGCAAUACCACUGA